UCAUUUUUCAUCAAGUUUGGAAAGUUUCUAGCUCUUGUUUUUUCCAAACAGUCUGACCAUCUGUUUUCUUUCUGGUCUAGAAUCCCCACCAUGGGUGUGUUGAUUCACUUGACCUUCUGAUGGUGUUCUGCUUGUCUCUGAGAUCUUGCUCUUUUCCCUCCAUUCUUCUUUCCUUUUGAUCCUCAGGUGGGAUGUGCUCCACUUGCCUGUUCUCAAGUUUUGCUGGUUCUGGCAUCUCUCUGAUCCUCUGUUGAUUUUGUCCAGUGAUAGUUUCCACUCCAGAGCAUCUAUGUGGCUCUCUUUUGACCUGUCUAACAUAUGCUGAUACUCUCUCUCCAGAAAAGGUUGGUUUUGGUUUUUCCUAUUUUGCUUCAUUUCUAUAGAUUUAUUUGAAAUGGAGCAUGUAAGCCUUUGUCUAGGCAGUGGUUCUCAACCUGUUGCUCAGACCUCUUUGGGGGUCGUAUAUCAAUAUCCUGCACAUCAGAUAUUUACGUUAUAAUUUAUAACAGUAGUAAAAUUACAGCUAUGAAGUAGCAAUGAAACAAUUUUAUGGUUGCGGGUCAUGUAGCAACAUGCCUGUAAUCCCAGCACUUGGGAGGUAGAGGCAGGAGGAUUAGCUCAAGGCUAGCCUUGGUCACAUAGAGUUCCAGGCCAGCCUGGACUACGUGAGACCCUCUUGAAAAUCAAUAGCAACAACAAGUGUUGGCAAAGGAUGUGGAGAGAAGGGACCCUUGUACACUGUUUCUGAGAAUGUAAACUGGCACAACCACUAGGAAAACUUUAAAAAGAUAAAAGAACUACCAACGGGUAGCUCUAAAGUUGGCACACACCUUUAGUGCCAGCACUCAAAAGGCAGAGAUAGUAGGAUCUCAGGCAGUUUGAGGCCAUCCUGGUCGGUAUAGCAAGCUCCUGGACAGCCAGAACUACAUAUGGAUAGAUAUUCUGUUUCAAAACAAUCAGGCAAAGGAACUAUGGUAAGAAUCCAGCAUCCUCACUUCUGUGUACUGAGCCAAAGGAAUGCAAUUAGAUAGAAGAGACAGCUGUACUCUGUGUCUACUGCCGCAUUGUUCACAGCAGCCAAGGCAUGGAAACAACCUGGGUGUCUUAGCAGUGGAGGAAUGUGUUAAAAACAGUGGUCCAUACACACAGUAGAAUAUUCUUCAGCCAUAAAAAGUAAUGAAGCCCUGUCAUUUAUGACAACAUAGAAUUUCAUUGUUAUAUGAAAUAAACUAGGCACAAAAACAAUAGCAUGGAAUAUGAAAAAUUGACUUCCUGAAAGUUCAGGCUUCCAGAGGCUGAGGAAGGCAGUGGAGAGAAAGCACUGGAGAGAUGUCAGUGGGCACUAGGUGAUACACUGAAGUAGGGAAGAGCAAUCUGGAGUGUGGUUCCAUCAUGGUAUGGCUACAGCAGGACAGUUUAAAACUGACUAUCUCAGAGAUCUAGAAAGGACUUUCAGUGUUUUUCCCUUAAGCAGAUGAGAAGUGCUUGAGGAGGUAGAGAUGUGUAACUGGGUUUAUGUGUUAUACAGUGCUUUAGCUUAGUGGUACAGCACCUGCCUAGGUAAGUGUUGGGCUUCAGACCUAGACUAGCAGCUGAGAUGCCUUUUCAACCAAAAGGGACCUGGCCUCCAAGUUCUCCCAGCAUCCCCCAGUCCCUACCUGCUACAGAGCAUGGCUGGCAUACCCUGCCCUCUACCCUGAACUUCCCAGCCAGGGGUGGGGCUUCCCCUCCCCUUUCAUUAUAUAAUCCAGACAUUUUGGUUCCCUUCCUUCUUGUCUUUUUCGCAUGUUGUUUCUUCUGUAUUUCUUCUUUCUCCCUGUCUGUCCCUCUCUCUGCAGGCACACUUUUCUCUCUCCCCCUGCAUAACAACUUCUCUGGUCUUGGCCUUUGAGCUGCUCCCAAUAAACCUGCAUUUAUAUACUUUAACUGUCUCGAAUUGGCUCAUUUCACUCCCACAAUGAUUCCUAUCAGUAAGGUUUUGAGUUCAGUACUUGGCAAAAAAACAAAAAAAUAGCAUUGUGUAUACAUGUAUUGCUUAUUCUUAUGCUUUUAACACAUUCAGUUUUAAUGUAAAUUUUAAAGUUUUGAAGUCAACAUAGAAAAAGCAUAAAAUUUACCACCAUUUUGUAAUAUUUAAAAUAUAAAGGACUCCAAGAUGGCAGUGGCUGGGUGGUUGAAUGAGAAGUAGAGGCGAAGCCUCCCUUCGCAGAAAGUACGCUGGGACUGCCCGCCAGCCAGCCUCGACAUCCCUGGAACCCUGAAGUCAUUUUUUUUUCUAUUAAUGAAGAAAUAAAUCAAAUAAAUUGUCAACAUGGGAUGGAGAUCAACAUCCUUCACCAAGGGUGGGAAGUUUCUGAACCCCACAGACCAAGCUCGAAAGGAAGCCCGGAAAAGAGAAUUGAAAAAGAACAAAAAACAGCGCAUGAUGGUACGAGCCGCGGUUUUGAGGAUGAAAGAUCCCAAGCAGAUUAUCCGAGACAUGGAGAAAUUAGAGGAAAUGGAGUGUAGCCCAGUGCAACAGCCACAGUUGAACGAGAAAGUACUGAAAGACAAGCGUAAAAAGCUGCGGGAAACCUUCGAGCGAAUUCUGCGACUUUAUGAAAAAGAAAAUCCAGAUGUGUACAAGGAAUUGAGAAAGCUGGAAGUAGAAUAUGAACAGAAGAGAGCUCAGCUGAGACAGUACUUUGAUGCUGUCCAGAAUGCUCAGCAUGUAGAAGUCGAGAGCAUCCCUUUGCCAGACAUGCCUCAUGCUCCUUCCAACAUCUUAAUCCAGCACAUUCCACUUCCUGGUGCCCAGCCACCCUCCAUUUUGAAAAAAACCUCAGCCUAUGGGCUUCCACCUCAAGCAGUGUCUAUACUUCCUCUCCUCGGACAUGGUGUUCCACGUUUGCCCCCUGGCAGAAAACCACCCGGCCCUCCUCCUGGCCCACCUCCUCCUCAAGUCCUGCAGAUGUAUGGUCGUAAAGUGCGCUUUGCUCCAGAUCUUCCCACUCGGAGGCAAGGUGAAGACAUGCUGUAUAGUCCAGAACUUGCUCAGCGGGGUCAUGAUGACAGUGGCUAUCCUGAGGCCAUGGAUCAGGAUAAGUAUGACGACAGCGGUGAGGACAGUGACACCGACAGAUGUGAUGCAGAGAGUGGGAGGGGGGGUAGGUUGGGGCACCGUGAUGACAGUGAGCAAGACAACCCUGAGGAGAAGAAGUCAGGUCUGAGUGUCCGAUUUGCUGAUAUGCCUGGAAAAUCGAGGAAGAAGAAGAACAUGAAGGAUCUGACUCCUCUUCAAGCCAUGAUGCUUCAAAUGGCAGGUCAGGAAAUCCCUGAGGAAGGACGAGAAGUGGAGGAGUUUUCAGAGGAGGAGGAGGAUGAGGACUUUGAUGAUUCUGAAUCAGAAAAGCAGUGGCAAAAGCAGCAUAAAGAGGACUCCCACUCUGAUGGCACAUCUGCUGCCCCUUCACAGCAGCAGGCUCCUCCACAGUCUGCCCCUCCUUCUCAGAUCCAAGCACCUCCCCUGCCAGGACCACCACCUCUUGGACCACCGCCUGCCCCACCCUUAUGGCCUCCUGGACCACCUCCAGGGGCUCCUCCAUUCCUGAGACCAUCUGGAAUGCUAGGAAUCCGAGGGCCUUUACCACAACUUUUACCUCCAGGACCACCACCAGGCCGACCUCCUGGCCCUCCCCCAGGUCCCCCUCCUCAAGGACCCCCACCAAGGCUACCUCCUCCUGCACCUCCAGGAAUCCCCCGUUCUGGUCCUGGUAUGAUGCGCCCACCCUUGGUGCCUCCUCUUGGACCUGCCCCACCUGGGCUUUCCCCACCAGCUCCCUUGCCCAACCCAGGGGUGUUGAGUGCCCCACCCAGCCUCAUUCAGCGACCAAAGGUGGAUGAUGCAAGUGUAGCAGCCACUAUCGAGAAGAAAGCCUCCGUGACCAUCAGUGCCAAGCCCCACAUCACCAAUCCCAAGGCAGAGGUCACACGGUUUGUGCCCACUGCACUGAGAGUGCGCCGAGAGAAGAAGGGGGCUACUGCUGUUCCCCAAAGGUCAGAGGAGGACUCGGCUGUGCCUGUUGCCAAAACAGCCCCCAGACCUGGUCCUUCUGUUCCUGCCUUGGUACAAACUAAGGAUGAUGCUUAUGAAGCAUUUAUGAAGGAGAUGGAAGGGCUUCUGUGAAAUGGAUUACAGUGUCAAUUCCUAAUUCAAAGCAGGAUAUAUGGGAAGAAAAUGUACAAUUCUCAGAUUAAAGUUAUUUUCCACAAGCUAAACUCUUUGAGUGUUUCAUGGAGAAAUAAAAUGUUCCAUACCAAAAAAUAUAUAUAUAUAGGACUAGGUGUGGUUGGUGGCAUAUGUCUUUGCUUCCAGCAUUUGGGAGCCAGGGCAGGCAGAUCUCUGUGAGUUUGAGGUGAGCUUCUUCUACAUAGUGAGUUAUAGGACAACCAGAGCUAAGUAGUGAGACCCUGUCUCAAUUAGUAAAGUGCUCAUUUUGUGAAAAUGAGGACUAGAUUUUGAGGUGCAGAAUCUACAUAAGAGGUUGGGCCUGGGCUGGAGAGCUGAUUCAGCUGUUAAGAGCACUGGCUGUUUAUAGAGGAUCCCAGUUCAAUCCCAGCAUCCACCUUGCAGCUCACACCUGUCUGUAAUUCCAGUUCCAGAGGUCUGACAACCUCACACAGACAAAGCAUGCAGGCAAAACACCAAAGCACAUAAAAUAAGUUUUUGGGUCUUUUUGUUUGUUUGUUUUUUAAAGUUGGGCCUUUUAUGCCUGGCUUGAAAGAGAGUUCAGCUGUUAAGAAUACUUCCUGCCCUUUUAGAGGAUCCUGAAAGUGUGACUGACAGACUCUCUCUUCUCUCUCUCCCUCCUUCCAUCCCUCCCCUGUUAGCUAUAGAGACUGCCUGGCACACUGGCCUCUUUUUCUCAGUCUUACAGCAGAGGAUGGCCCUGGCUCCAGGAGAACAUUUGCAUUCCAAUUCAAUUUUAUUUUGGUUCAAUUAAGUAUGUUUGGAACCCAUUCUAUGAGCAGGCACCAGGCCAGGUUCCUUGGGUGGGAAAACAGGGGCUCUGAAAUGGAGUGGAAGUAAGAAUUCUGGAGGUGGGUCUCUGAGCCUCAUUUUUCUUACCAGUAAAAUGUAGGUUGAUUAUACCUCUGUAGGACCAUAGGGAAAAUUAAGUGAGUUAAAAGGUGCCUAGCAUAGAGUAGGCAGGAAAGGAAAGUUCUUUUGCUGUGCUCCUAGUUGUGUAUGCCACAUUUACAUGACAAAUGAGGCAGCUGUGUGUCUGAGGGCAACAGACCCUUCAUCCUUCAGCUGGGAUGCUUGAGUCCCUGUAGUACCAAAUCUUACCUUGAGGCAGCUGUGUGUCUGAGGGCAACAGACCCUUCAUCCUUCAGCUGGGAUGCUUGAGUCCCUGUAGUACCAAAUCUUACCUACACACGACACUUUAAUAAAUCAGGCAUGGCAGAAAGCAACAAUAAUUGUAAUAACAAAACUUAUGUGAGUGUGGGCUCCUCACAACAUUUUGGUUUUGUUCUUUUGGUGGUGGUGGUUGCUUUAAGACAGGCAACUCGCCAUAGAGUCCAAGCUGACCUAGAAUUCCAACCUUCCUUCCUCUGCCUCCAAGCCUGGCAACACAGAGAAUCUUUCAUGCUCAAGAUUUUAGCAGUCUUAGCCUAUGUUGUUCUUUAUUUU